GUGAAAACAAAAUGUGACGUGGCUGAAGCUGCUGAACAGAAGGAGACAUUAUCAUUAUCAUAAUAAUUAUUAUAAUAUUAUAAUUCUCUGAGCCGCUGAACAGCUUCACACUUUAAACCUUGAAGAUUCGACCUUUAAACUGAAAUAAGGAGGGAACACUUCCUGUCGCUUACUCUGUGAGGGUUAGCUGUUAGCUAGCUGUUAGCAUCGAGUCCUGACAGCUGAGGGAGGAAAAGUUAUGCACUAAGACAUCAAGAUGUCUGACAGCGAAGCUACAGCAGCUGAGGGUCCAGAGGCGGCAGCAGAGACCCAGGACGCCUCUCCCACCGAGACGCCCGACGGGUCCUCGCCGACCACACCUGACGUGUCCACUGACGUGGCUCCGACGAGGAGAGCCAGGAGGAGACCGGAGGCUAAACCUGCAGCUGAAGUUGAGGAGCCGCAGAAAGUAGAGGAGCAGCCACCGAAGACAACCAGUGAGUCGACUGUGUCCCAGGGUGGAUGGGGAUACUGGGGCAGCUGGGGAAAAUCCAUUUUAUCCACAGCAACAUCUACUGUGGCCACUGUGGGUCAGGGCCUCACUCAGGUCAUCGAGAAGGCCGAGACGUCGCUGGGAAUCCCGAGUCCGACCGAAGUGUCAGCGCAGGUGGAGGAGGAAGAGAAACAGCAGGCUUCUUCUCCUGAAGGUGACGCCAGCAGUGAGACGGACAAAGCUGUGGGAGGGGCUAUGGGAAUGUUUUCAUCGCUCACCAGCGUCGUGCAGAGCACAGGGAAGACGGUGAUUACAGGCGGUCUGGACGCUCUGGAGUUCAUCGGGAAAAAAACGAUGGACGUGAUAGCAGAAGGCGACCCCGGCUUCAAGAAGACCAAAGGACUGAUGAUCCAGAACUCCACUCUGUCUCAGGUGUUGAGGGAGGCGAAGGAGCAAGAGGAGCUGCAGACGGCGGAGAGGGAGUCGUCUGAUUGUGGGAAGAAGGUGGUCGCUCACUACGGGAUGCUGUUUGAUGAAUUCCAGGGUCUGUCCCACCUCGAGGCUCUGGAGAUUUUGUCGAGGGAGAGCGAGUCGAAGGUGAAGUCGGUGCUGACCACCCUGUCAGGAGACAAGCUGCUGCAGCUCAGAGGAGAGCUAGAGAGCAUCAAGGAGUCUUUCUCCCUCGUCGAGUUUGACGAUGACGACGAUGACGAGAGGACAGACGAGGACGGCUCAGAGUUCGAGGGGGAGUUAACAAAGGCGUUGGAGGGUCUCAGUGUCUCCGCCACAGCCGACAAACUCAGCAAAGCCUGUAAGAGUGCGUCCAGCCAGAUCUCCGACAUGAGCCGACCUGAGGAGGAAGGAGAAGAUGGCGAGGAGAAGAAAACUGCUUCUGUAGAGGAGGUGCACGCUGCGGCCAUCAGGAGUCUGGCAGAGCUGACGGCUCGAUCCAUCGAGCUCUUCCACAAACUGGCUGAGAUGAUUCUCUUCUGCAGCGGCAGCGCUGAGGCCGGCGUCCUGUCACAGUUAACGGUUGUUCUGUGUAAAGAAAUCUCGCUGCUCUCCAAGAAGUUCACCUCCUGUUUAACAAGCGCAGGGUCUAAAGAGAGGGGAGACGUCCUCAACCCGCUGAUAACAGGCGUCUUCUUAGAGGCGUCCAACAGUGCAUCCUACAUCCAGGAUGCGUUCCAGCUUCUCAUGCCCAUCCUGGAGAUUUCUCACAUCCAGAGGACGGCUGAUUCCACGGAGCAGUGACCAGAUGAUGUGACAUCUGCCCCCCCCCCCCUGCUGCUGCCGCUGCUCCAGGACUCUGUCACAGCGUAUAACUGACACGUCAUUAAAACUUUUAAAAGUCAGGUUUCCAGCUCAGGAUAAAAUCCGUUUCACGCCUGAGAGGAAAAAGUGUUCUUGUCAAACAGUGUUGUACUUUUCAUGAGCACAGCAGGUUUAUUUGUGAAGCACAUUACGAGGACUCGGUGCAGCACAGUGGAAGUGGAAGGGAAACAAAAAUACAUUUAUGAUAAACGAGGUUCAACUUAUGGUUCUUUGAUUCCAGUCUGCACUUUUUCUGCUGAAUUCAGCCUCAAAGAACAAUCAACUUAUACAAGGACAACAUGGAAACACCACAGGGAAUUUGUUAAAAACAAACGCCGGUGUGUCUAAACAGAAUAAAUAUUAAGAGAUUUUUCUAAAGUCGUGUCAUCCAACAUGUUUCCUGGUCUUGAAGUUUAUUUUCCUUUAAGGACACAGAAGAAUUGAAACAUGUUUGAAAGCUUUGUUUAAACAUGUGUUAGUCAGGCCUCUGCACUGACUGGAAAAAACACUAGUGACAGCUUUUUGUGUUUGAAUGACAAACAGGUUCCUUUUCAGACUUAUUCUGUUUAAAAGAUGAGAAACUUGAGCUGGAAAUGUUCCUGAUUUAAUCUGAACAUCCACUUAAACAACUUAAAGAGGCUCCAUCUCUAUAAAAAUCAACAAAAAACAGAUCUUUAUUUACAUAAAAUAAAUAAUAUAGAGAUUCAUUUCUUUUAGAAUUGUGCAACACUUCAUUCUGCCCUGAACUUUAAUUUUCUCUAUCCCCUCCGAGAGCCGGGACCUUGCACGUCAGUUUUUUUCUCGUAAAUCAAACAUUGUGAUUGAUGCAAUUUCUAAGAAGAGGUGUCACUGAGAAUCCUGUUUCUGAUGUGACUAAAGUUCCAAUGUCCGCCAGCAGAAAUAUGCAAAAGUACACCUAGUUUUAAAUCUCUGUAUUCUAAUCUUAUAUUCAGAACUUCAGGUGUUUACGUAUCCAACAGAGACGCUUCUGUCUGCAAUGAAAAUUAUGAUGAUCGUCUCUUUUCUGGCAAGUUACCUUCAGGUGGACUCAUUUGUUUUAUAUUAAACUGCCAUCAGUCGUGUGAUGAGCGAUCGU